AAAUGAUGAGGAAAGAGCUUCAUUUGGUUAUGUUUCCUUUCUUAGCAUUUGGUCACAUUAGUCCUUUUGUGCAACUGUCCAACAAACUGUCAUCUUAUUCCAGUAUCAAGAUUUCUUUCUUGGCCGCUUCUGCCAAUGUCCACAAAAUUGAAUCCAUGCUCAACUGCACCCCGGGCCUCAAAACCAUCCCUCUAACUCUGCCUCAUGUCGACGGCCUUCCUAAAGGGGUAGAGAACACCUCUGAAACCUCUCCAGACACUGUUGAACUCCUUAAAGUUGCAUUAGACCUUAUGCAACCCCAGGUCAAGACCUUACUAACAGACCUAAAACCUGAUUUCAUAAUCUUCGACUUUGCACAAUGGUGGCUGCCAGAAAUGGCAUCUGAGCUCGGUAUCAAAACCAUCUGUUUCUCGGUUUAUACAACAAUUACCACAGCUUUUUUGGUAGUUCCCUCCCGCAUCAGCGAAAAUGCACCACAAACUUUAGAAGCAGUAAAGGGACCCCCAGCCGGAUUCCCAGGUAUAAUCCCUAUCAAGACAUUUGAAGCUCAAGACUUUAUGUACAUGUUCAAAAGCUUCCAUGGCACUCCAAGUGCAUUAGACCGAUUCUUGACAUGUUUGAGUGGCUGCAAUGCAAUACUUGUCAAAUCAUGCACAGAAAUGGAAGGACCCUACAUUGAUUACUUUGGUAAACAGUUCAGGAAGCCAGUUCUUCAAAUUGGUCCAGUGGUUCCUGAGCCACAUACUGGCGAACUAGAUGACAUAUGGGCUAGUUGGUUGAGCCAAUUCCCAGCUAAAUCCGUGAUAUACUGUUCUUUCGGGAGUGAAAGCUUUCUUACAGAUGAUCAAAUUAGAGAAUUAGCUUUAGGGUUGGAACUCAUAGGCCUUCCUUUCUUUCUGGUGUUAAAUUUUCCUGCAAACCUGGAGAGCUCUGCAGAGCUGAAAAGGACAUUGCCUCGUGGGUUUUUGGAAAGAGUGAAAGGUAAAGGGAUUGUACACUCAGGGUGGGUGCAACAACGGCACAUAAUGGCACACGAAAGUGUGGGCUGCUACUUGUGCCAUGCUGGUUUUAGCUCGGUAAUAGAAGCUCUGGUAAGUGACUGUCAGCUGGUGAUGUUGCCAUUGAAGACUGAUCAGUUUUUGAACUCUAAACUAGUGGGCUCAGACUGGAAAGUUGGUAUUGAAGUAAAUAGGAGGGACAGGGAUGGGUAUUUUGGAAAAGAAGAUGUCUAUGAAGCUGUGAAAAGUUCUAUGAUAGAGACUGAACAGGAACCCGCAAAAUCCAUAAGAGCAAAUCACAAGAGAUGGAAAGAGUUUCUACAAAAUGAUGAGAUACAGAGCAAGUAUAUCACAGAUUUGGUUGAGAAUUUGCAGGCUCUUUCAUAAAAUAGAACAUGUAACAGCAUGAUCGAUGAUUCUACCCUUUUUAUUUCACAUCUUUAAGACGGCCUACUAGUUAGACGUCAUGUUUUAUUUCAUUUAUGCAUCUUUAAGUUGUGUAUGUGGUUCUCGGCCCAUGUUGCAUUAGUUGUAAUAACUGAUCAAGU